GGAAAAUAUUUGUUUUUGCUAGCUUGAUCUUUCUCUCUGUAACAUCUAGAAAUUUCCAUUUCAUUCAACUGCUACACGAGGAAGGUGUUAAAUAAACUUUAUCCCAAGAUAUCUAGAACCUUCUAUUCAAUUAUUAUCUUUCAGCAUACUCAUUAAUACUAUUUUAGUCUAUGAAUGUAUAAAAUCCUUCAAACAUUUCACUCUAUGAUCUAAGACUUUUAUUUUUAAUUUUGAUUGACAAUGAAUAAUAUGUUCUAUGUGAAAGGAGAAUACAUGGAACCAUUUUCAUCAUCAUUUCAAUUUGGAUAUGAAUGCCAACCAUUGAUUCCACCACCCCAACCAAUUGAAGGACUUCAUGAAAUUAGGCCUCAACCAUUCCUCACCAAAACGUUUGAUGUAGUGAGUGAUCAAAGUACGAAUCACGUGGUUUCGUGGAGCAGAGGUGGCGCCAGCUUUGUGAUUUGGGAUCCACAAGCUUUCUUCAAUUAUCUGCUUCCCAGAUACUUCAAACAUAAUAAUUUCUCAAGCUUUGUCAGACAACUAAACACUUACGGUUUUAGGAAAAUAGAUCCACAUAAAUGGGAGUUUGCAAAUGGAGGAUUCCUAAGAGGGCACAAACAUUUGUUGAGGAACAUAAGGAGAAAGAAGGGACCUUCUCGGCCUAUUGACUGUUUUGGACUAGAUGCGGAAAUUGAUCGUUUAAGGCAAGAGAAACAGGUAUUGACGAAGGAGCUUGUGAGUCUUAGACAGAAGCAAUAUAAGGCCACACUGUACCUUCUAGAGAUGGAGCAAAGGUUACAAGGGGUAGAAGUCUAUCAGAAACAAAUGAUGUCAUUCUUAGAUAGAGCUGUGAAAAACCCUGCAAUAAUUCACCAACUACUCCAACAAAAAGAGAAGAAAAAAGAAACCAUGGCCAAAAAGAGAAGGCUAAUUGGAGGUGAAGAAAGACGAAGCAGUGUAAAAGUCGAGCCUUUAGAAUUAGGAGAUAAUGAAUUUUCUGUGUCGGAGUUGGAAUUGCUAGCUAAGGAAAUGCAGGUUUUUGGAAGGGGCCGGGAGAUUAACAAGGACAAUAAACCUGAGGCACUAGAAUUACAAGAGAGGAUGGAAGGAGCACUUGAUGAUGAAGGGUUCUGGGAAGAACUAAUGUUAAAUGUGGCAUUUGAAGGUAGAUUUGACAUUCCAGCUGCUGAAGAUAAUGAUGAGAAUGAAGAUGAUUCAUGUGAACUACUGAAUCAAGAAUUUAAGAUUAACUCUUUUCCUCCAUCUCACUAGUUUCAAGGCUUCCAAAGUCAAUGUUUUACUCCAACAGUCGUUGGAGUGGAGUUAUCCUAAUUGCAAGCAAGACAGUAAAAUUACAUGCAGAAGGAAAAUAAUUUACUUCUUGGUGUUUCUAAUUCGAAUCCUAUAAUAUGUUCUUUAGUAACACUUGUUUAAAUCCAAAUUCUCUCACUUUUCUCUAUGUUUGAUUAGGUAGGUUGCUGCUAGUGCUGGGACAAGAUUCUUUGACAGUGAAAAUUGUUAUUAGUUAUGCCAUAACUCGAGAUUAUUAAGAAGAUAUAGCAUGGACAAGAAGUAGCUGAUCUCCAACAAGCAUAACUGAAUGAACAUUAAGGAAUCUAGAUGAGAAGUUUUGACCCCUAACAUUAUGGAAUCUUUCAAUGCUUACAUAUUUGGAAGUUGCUACUACUGGCACUAUUACUUGUGACUCGAUUCGUUUAAAGGUCUUACUCUCAAAGCAUAUAAUUCCUUCAAAGCAGCCUUAUAAUCCAAGCCUGCUAGAUAGCUUAACUGUAUGGACUUUGUAUGUAUUUUUGAAGAUCAAUAGGGAAAAUAAAUUAAUAGGUCUCAUUAGAUCUGAUUCAAU